AUGCCCCCCCCCCCCCCCGCAGUCGACUUCCGCCCGCACCAGCUCAACGCCGGCCUCGAGGUCGUCGAGAACCACCUCCUCGAUGGCGUCGUCUACUUCGCCGACGAGGAGGGCGUCUACUCCCUGCCGCUCUUUGACCGCCUCCCCCAGAUCAGGCAUCUCCCCCUCCACUCCGCCGCUCCGCUUCAUCUCCAUCGUGAUUCGGUGCCGCCGACCACCCCCGUGUCUCUGUCACCCCCCCAUAACCAGAAUGCCUGGAGCACCUGGCCGUCGGCCACCACCACCACCUUCUCUUACUCGAUAGACCCAGAAGAAACCGCCUCGUCCUCGUCGUACUUCCUACCGGAGCUGAUCCCACUUAUCGCGAGCCGGCUGACGACCCUACAGGAUUUCUUCGCCCUCCGCGCCACCUGCCGCACCUACCGGGCUCUCCUCCCGCUGUCGCCGUCCAACCUCGCCUCCCAGGCUCUGCUCCUCCUCGUCCCCCACAAGGCAUCUUCCUCGGAAGCCCUCUUCCACAUCCCACUCCGCCGCAUCCUCCGCUUCCGCCGCCCCCGCACCGCCCUAGCCCAACAAGACCCCAGAAACACCGAAUUUGAUUCCUUCGGUUGCCCUGUCGCCAUCAAAGACAGCGUGGCCAGCCACCGUGAGCUCCGCAUCUGCCACCAAAUCACAUGUGAGCGAGUCCGUCUACCCGAUCCCUGGAAAGGCUACGAAGGAACCAUCUUUGCCGGCAACCUCGUCCUCACCUUUAAUCGAUACCACCACACCCUCCAUUAUUGCCGCAUUGGGGACAAUCACUGGCGGGAGGCGCGGUGUGAUGAAGGCUACAGGUUUCGUGACCUGAUUUUCGUAAAAGGCACCCUCUACGCAUUGAUCUAUCCAAAUUACCGCCUCGCUGUCGUUAAGCUUGACAACAAUUCCGUGGUAUUCUCGGAUCUUGGAGAUGCAUUAUGUGCAGAGAUAGUUCCGUACUGUUCCAUGUUCUGGCUAGCGGAGUGCCACGGUGAGCUAUUGCUCAUUGUCUCUGAGUACCGUGCACUCAGGUACCAUGUUUUCCGGUUGCAAGAGAGGAAGUGGGUGAGGACUAAUAGCCUCGGUGGGUGUAGCUUGUUCUUUAAUACUAGUGGAUACCCCGCGCGUUGCUGCGGAAAUUUAUACUGGUUUUUAGCAUCUAAGAUUCUUCAGUUUGCUGGUUGCCUUGGUCCAGAUCAUCCGACAGUUCGAAGGAACUGCUUGUACUUCAUUAGGGUCCCUGGUCAGUGUAUCGAGUAUUCUUUGGUUGAUGGAUCUUCGCAUAAACUCGCUGCCGACUACCCAGGGCGAGCAACGGAGGAUUACGGACCAUUUGCUUGGGUCCUCCCAAGCAUUUGCUGAUGCAAUACAAUGGGUAUCAGAACUGUACAGAUUGUUCUCAAGGUAGAUUUGCUUCCCGCUGACUUUUAUACUCACUUGGCCAUUUUCUGUCUGUUAUUCAAUAAUAUUUCAAGGGACUUUAGCAAGAAAUGUGUAUAGGACAUGCUGCUCACUUCAAAUAUUUUAGAAUAAUGUACAGGAGGCCUGGAAAUUAGUCGUGGAGGAUGGUUUACUUAUUUCUCUAUAAAAUUGCUUGAUGACAUCAGCAACUAGUGGAACAUCUACGGAAUGGAAGAAGACUAUCACUUGGCAAUAGAAUGCAUACAUAUCACAGACCAAGAUAUGAUGGCCGUGAAAACGGGAUGUUGCCCUGAUGGGGGAAGGGUUAACCUUGAGCCCCGCCUCGCUGACCCCGCAUGCAAAAGACGGGUGAGGUCGUCCAGUAAUUGCAAUCUCAGGCUGUCUUGAGGUUGCCAAAUCCAUUGAGGAGCCAAAUGGAGUUUAUAUUAAGAUUACAGCAUACUAGUCAUCAACCUUCCUACUACAACACAGCGAAUAAUUUCAUAUGCGGGUGUCAAGCAUAUAUGAAUGAGUCUAAAUUUAACUGUGUACGUAUCAGAAUGAGUUUCGUGGACAAUUGGUUUUCUUUUUUCUUGGGUGUGCUGCACCUAUGUAUGUUUUGAGCAGCGUUGUUGCUGCUCUGUCUAUGGUUGAAUUACACUGUGAGGAUUUAUGUGCCUGGGUGUUGAAUUUUAAUGGGUCGGGGAGAUGUUUUGUUCGUUUCAGUGAUAUUUACCCUGCUAAAACCUAAUUCUGUUAUAUCUCCUUGAUGUUCACAUUUACUGAAUUCUUGCUCUGCGAGAGAUACAUGAGUUCGUUCCAGGAGAGAUACAUGCGAAGCAAAUGGCACUCACAGGCCAAGUUGCUUUUUUUUGGGAAUUCCCGGGCCAAGUUGCUGUUGGCGCUGGCAACAUAUAGAUCUUAAACUAGAAUGAUUGAGCUUUGUGGGUCUUUUAGUAUGCUUUGUGGUCUGUUAGAUGACGAAGAGAACUGUGGAUCUUUUGGUUGGCUAGUAGUAGUGAUUCGUUCAGCUGGUAGGCUGUUAGUUUCAUCAGUUUGCUUAUGCACUUUUGUGUGUACACGAACAACUCCGUAUUUAUCAGCUUCUAUGCAAUGGAGUUGGGUGAGAUGCGUACAAGUCCAUUAAAAUGCCUGGCUCAUUUAGCUUCCGAGAUUGCACAUUGGUCCAUCAAUAAAUAAAGCCCUAUGAUCCCACUAAGGAAUAGAACUAGAAAAAGUCUAAAAAAUCCUUUAAGAAGAUAUAUUUUGGGAAUAUAUACGCUUUUCUUUUACACGCCGAAGAUGUGAUAUAUCGGCCAUCUAAGCCUCAUCCAUUGUUAUAAAAGAAUGUGGUGCUUCCUAUCGCUGCAUGUAGUUAGUUUUAGUCUCUUAUUACCCAGCCAUCUUUGCUCUCUCUAAGUAUCAGUAAAACAUUCUGCGGGAGAUAGAGAUCUAAAACAUAACCAAAGUAGGAGAUAGAAGUGGGAGGCAUCUGGACACAUAUCCGUUGACUAAGCAGAGGAAGGAGCACUAGGGUGGUUCCAGAAUGGAGUCGCAGCAUGGAAGUGUGCGAAAAGUCUGAGAAUACCUCUCUCGUUGGAGAGGUUUGUUGUGCUAGUUCAUAGAGCAUGAAUGGUCCCAACAUCUUAAUUGCGUUAUCAGAAGUCUGACAUACAA